AAAUGUAACAGAGCUCAAGCCAGUGUAACAUUUGAGGGAGAACUGAGCUUCUGUGACUCCAAACCGGUCAUAAGUCUCAACACUGUUGUUAUGGGUUCAGGCAUCAAAAUGGAUCACAAUCAGAGUUCGCCAGAAAACUCCACCUACUACCCUGACUAUUACUACUUAAUGAAUGACUCUCUCAUUUAUGCAACCGAGGACCUGCAGAUUGCUGGCACGGUCAGUGCUGUGCUCUACAGCCUUAUCAUCUGCAUCAGUCUCACAGCGAACGGCUUCCUGCUCUGGGUGCUAUGGACACGCAAGGGCCCCGUGAGCCCGGCAAACCUGCUGCUCCUGCAUCUCACUGUCUCUGACUUGGCAUUCACUGUCACGCUGGUGCCUUGGGCCAUCUACCAUGUCUGGGGCUGGCUCUUCGGGGAUCUUGCCUGCAAGGUGCUCAGCGGAACCAUCUUUCUGGGUCUCUACAGCUACAUGAUGUUCCUUACGUGCAUGACGGUGCACCGCUACGUGGCGGUGGUGCACGCGGUGAGAAGGGCCGCGUUGAGUGCCUGCCGCGAGAGGCUCUACACCCAUCUGACGUGCACCUUUGUGUGGGUCUUUUCCAUCGGCUGCAGCUUACCUGAAGCUUUUCUCUCAGUGACCGAAAUCACUCCAGAUGGCAUGACGUGUGGCCCUACCCAACAGUCACUGGACGUGGAGCUAGCUUACCACUACAUGCAGCUCUCCAUCUUCUUCCUCCUACCAUUCCUCAUCAUCGCAUUCUGCUACGCCCGAAUCGCAAUGACCAUUCAGCGUUCUCAGAUUGGCAACAGGCAGCACGCGGUGUGGCUGAUCUUCUGCAUUGUAAUAGGGUUUUUCAUCUGCUGGACUCCCUACAAUGUCACCAUCUUCAUCCAUUCACUGCAGCUCCUAGGACAGCAGGCCACAUUUGCGUGGAAAGAAGGACUGGCGUAUGCCUAUUACAUCACUCACAUCCUGGCCUACUGCCAUUGCUGUCUGAACCCACUCAUCCAGAUCUUUGGUGGGGUGAAGUUUAGGAGAUACCUGUCACUGAGUAGAGGCUUCAGAUGCUUGUCAGAGCGAGAGAGGAACCAUACUUUCACUUCUCAGGGCACAUCUUUCCAGACAUCUGCAACAGCUCAGACGUGCAUAUGAUGGUCUGGGGCUCAGAAAUGGCUGGAAAGAUCUUACAAGAUAAAUAUAUGUUGACUUUUUUUAAUGCAAAGUUAGUCCUUUUAUGAUAACAAAAGCCUGUCUUGAUUCCUUUCAUAUUUUAACUGCCUCGCUUUAAACGAAGUAUUAGUGGGAUAUGGGAAAUGUUAAAAUAUGUCACAAUGAAACACAAAAAAAGGGAUUUGAUAGUAAAAAGCAGAUCUAAAAACCAAGAUGACAUUAUGCAAAGAAUGCUUAUUCUCUAGAAACUGUGUUGCAAAUGCUUCAAUGUGAAAUGGAUAAGUUCAUUUUACUAUACAGUAGAUGGCAGCAGUGGUCUGAACUCUGAAACAUUUAGAGGUUUUGUGGGUUUAAGGCAGAGAACUCAGACAAGGACUAGGCUUUUAUCUCUGCAUUGCAUGUCAUAUCUGCAUUAUAUAUCAGUCAGUGGCCAGAUCAUGCAUUUGUUGCAUGCAAGCAUAAGGGCUGAAUGUGUCUUAUGUGGUUUCCCUUCUGCUGUGUUUGCAAAAAUAACACAAACAGACAAACAAGAAAAGCACACUGUCUUUAUGCCCUAGGUUAGAUACCAUUAUCUUUGGUGGGGAAGAUAAUUAAUUACAAUUAAUCUUUCACAUGAAUAUCAAAAAUCAUCUAUGUUCUAGGAAGGACUCAGAAGAGUACAAAUCCAUCUUAGGAUUUUAUGAAAAAUCAUACUGCAAAUUUCAAUACAAAAUAAUGCUGGAAAAAAUAUAGCAUUAAAUAAUGAACAGUGGUUUUAUUUACUCUAGACCUAGGCCUAUAUAGCAAAAAGCCUACAUCUCAGCUGAUUCACAAAGUCAUUAGUCUACUUGUUAGAUGACUGUGACCUUUAAUUAUCCUAAUCUCCUAGGCUCAGAUCAUUUAGAUUUUGUCUCCAUUUAUGUAACAGGUAGUUAAGUAGAUCUGAUGACAAGCCACCUAAUAAGUAAGCAUAACUGUUUUUUGUGCACAUGUAAUUGUGAUGACUGUGAUCCAUAAUGCAUGCCUGUGAAAGAUAGAGUACGCUUUGGUGUGUUUAGGUUGGAUAUGAGUUCAGGUUAUUGGAAAAAUUAAACUUUUUUUUGUUAAGACCUUCUGCCUACAAUAACAUAAACCAAAGCUGAAAGUGUUUAACUGUACUUGUGUUCUAGUUUUAGUUAGAGUGAACAAUGCAUGAUAAGAGACUUUUCAAGGCAGGGUUCUGUGGGAGCGUCUUCCAAAAGCACAAUUUCAUUUCUUAAAAUGGUCCUCACUUUGUCCCGCUUCUACGCCACUACUUUAGCGAUAGGUUGGGUGGUUGUCUGUAAUCAUCUUUAGAGCAAGCAUAAUUUAUAAAUAGUUUGGGAGCAGCAUGGGAGGGUGGAGAGGCGAUAAACCAGCACACCACAUCUGGUUCCUACAUUCUUGAAAGACAUCCUCUUUCGCUGUCUCCGAACCUCACUGGCAAAUGUGUUACUUAGGUUCGUAGCCAGGAGCUAAACAGCUGUUGUUUUCUACUCGACUGCGUCUCAUCAGCCUUCUCUGCCCCCAGUGUUCACUCCCCUCCCUCCUGUUGGACUGCUUUCUUCUUUAUUUACUUUUUUUUACUUCUUCUCUAAGCUGGUAAUCACAUGUUGAGUUAGUCCUCGUUUUUGUUUGUGCGAACUGCUCGCCUCAACCACAUUUGCGGCUUCGUUUCAAUUACUCUGAAGCACCGCGCGCCGCACUCUGAUGAUACACCGCAAAACAGUUUCUGUACACCGAAAACUUUAUUCGCUGAGAGUUCCAAGUCCGGGAAUAAUUAAAACUGGUGUUAAACAACGAGUUCUUCAGAAGGGUUGCCCGAAGAGAGCACCCUGCUGAGAUCAAGAAACAAAACCAUCUACUUGAAAUCCGUCGAACCUCAUUGGAAGCAUGACUGGAACCAUAUACAAUCGAACAAUAAAAUAGCACCAUAUGAGAUAUUUGGUUAUGUACAAUAGCAAUAUAAUAAGUACUUGAUAUGAAAAAUAACAGAUGCCAACUACCAUGCAUAUUUGUAAAAACAUCUCAGUCUAUCAUAGAUGUUUUGGGGCGACUUGGCUGCUGUUAAGAUCAAUAACAUAAUGAAAACCACAAGUCAGCCAAAAACCACUGCAAGGAAGCCAGGAUUUGGCUGUAGAUGGUGUGAAGGGAAACCUUCACAGGCUCACCACCCUUUCUAAGUAGAGGGUGGAAGUGUAGGUGUGAAUAUUUGUGCAUAAUUGUGACAUUGCCAGAUAUUGUGUGAAGUCGUGUACAUUUUUGUUCCGCUGAAAACGUUAAUUCAUAAUUUAACCUGGCUCACUUGAAGGAAAUGUUAGUUUGCAAAGAAAAUGUAUUGAUUGUACCUAAUGUGUCUAUUUAUUGAACAAGUCUCAUAUUUUUGUUUGGUUUUUUAGAGCUGAAGAAAGAGUGAGAGGAGUGUUUCCAAAGGGAGCUCUAUAAUUAGAUAUAUGGCCUUAUUUUCAAAUGUCUGCUAAUUUAAAAUAAAGAAGUCAUAUUUUAUAGUACCUUGUUGCUUUAAGAUGCCUAAAACAGGAAGACAUGCUGUUGACAGGAGGGUAUAAUGACCCCCAAUUGUAACACAUGAACAGCUAUGAAACCAAAAUUAAUGUUGUUUCCUGUACAUCUCAGUAUCUUGUCUGGUACUGGACUGAGCAGUUCAUAUGCACACAAAAAAUAUGCUAUA